UAGCAAUUUUUAUGUUGAAUUAUAGCAAUCACACAAGUGACUUAUUUUGACAUUUGUGUUCACAUGCGCGCGAAAGAAAAAAGAUAGCAGAACGCAAAAUUACACUGAAAUGCUUACUUGCUUUUCGUUCGUAUAAUUUUUCGUUCUGAUGGAUUUUAGUGUAACGGAAAUCAGCUGUUUGUCGUGUUAAAGGAGUACGAACGUAUUCUUUCCAUAUCGUGGAAUAGGCUGUAAAUGAAUGAAAACAACUUGUUGCAUAUACAUAAUUUUGAAUAAUUCUGACAGCCUCAGAGCUGUAUUUCUGUAGUUUUACGAAGCUGUUCUAACUCUUUAUUGUACCAGGGUUAUGUAUGUUUUGUAACCCUCUUUCUUAAUUAUCCUACCUCAUGCAAAAGGCGGAAGUUUUGGAAAUCAUCUCACCCCCAAAUGACAUGCAGCAGAGCGACAUUAAGGAGGUACGUAACGAAAUGCCACAUUGCAUCAGUUAACAUUAAUACCGCAAAUGGAAAUACCUUCCAAAGUUCUGAUUAAUUAAUUGACAAAAUAGGCAAUGAAUGACUUCUACAAUUGCUAAAGAAUGAAUGAAUCGACCAUUAAUGUGAAAUCGAUUUUCAUGUAAAACACCCAUUUAUAUAUGUAUGUCAUCAGUUAAUGUAAGAAUGUGAUUGCUAAGACGGGGUAAACAAAAAACCCGGAGUGGCUUUUUUUAUUGUAACACAAAAAUACGGCCGUUAUAUAAGUAGAUAUAAACAAGCCUCUUCAGUUAGUAUACGAGUUUAUACUUUGCUCUUCAAUACGUAUUUAUAUAACGGCCACGGUCCCAGUCGAAGAAGGAAAUAUGACAUUCGCUCGAAGUUUCGCCAACAAAAUUCCAACAAAUAAAGUAAUUAUCCUGGGAAGUCAGGGAGUAGGAAAAAGCUCCCUAAUUAAAAGUUUCUUGUACGAAAUCUUCGAUGACAGUUAUCAGCCUACCGUUGGUAUCGAAUUUGUAACAACGACAAUGCACUCCAGCCAACGGUAUGUGCGUCUUCAAAUGUGGGAUACAGCUGGCCAAGAACGUUUUUAUUCCAUAUUACCGUCGUAUGUUCGUGACUCAAUAUUGACGAUAAUAGUCUAUGAUAUUACCAAUCCAUUAUCUUUUCGACAAGCUUCUAGAUGGAUUGAUGUCAUACGAGCCGAAGAACAUAGGGAAGUGAAAAUAAUGCUUGUAGGCAAUAAAACUGAUAUCUGCGAGGAACGUCAAAUUACAACAGAUGAAGGAGAAAGGACGUCAAAAGCAAAGAAUGUAAUGUUUAUAGAAACAAGUGCGAAAACUAGAUCAAAUGUCAAACAAAUGUUUGAGUUGGCCACGCAAACCUUAAUAGAGCAACAGAUCAAAAUGGAAAUAAAAAAGCCUGAAUUGAAGGUAGUAGAAUCGCCAACGGGUUGGCAAUGCCAUGCUUGUUGCAAAAGGCUGUUUUGAUCGGAUCUAACGUGAAGCACAUCUAUGACGUGUAAUCGCAAAAUAUGUCUUCUAAUUCCUUUCGCUGGUUUUUAUUAAAAGCGAAUCGAUGUGGGUAAAUCUUGCAAGGAACUUAUGGAUCUAUGGCAAAUGGAUAAGAUAGAAUGUUUCAUAGGCCACAAUACAGUAAGGCUGGAAAUACAUAAAGAGCAUAUUUGGCUGGCUUCUUCGGAAAUGAACAAAGAAGCCUACAGCCAAAAUCGAACUAAGUCAACCUACAACUCCUUCGUUCGUCUACGAAGAAGCCAGCCAAAUAUGCUCAUCAUGUAUUUCCAGCCUAAGAUUGUCAAUAUUGUAAAUACUCGAAUGAAUCGUGGACUUUCAAGUAGUGGAAUCAACUAGAAUUCGCCUCAGCAGAAAAAAGAGUGUGCAUUUGGUAUAUGUUAAUAUCGACAAACAUUACAGCAGAAAUAUUGAAUUGUUCAGAUUACAGACUUGUAUCGAAAUACACAUAAUUUGUAUGUAUAUGCAUGGCAUAAUUACAAAAGGUAGAACAAAGCUAUCCCCUAAAUACAAUUUUUUUCUUUUGGUGCUCCUAUUCUGUUAAAACAUAUACACAGUUUAUAUAUGUGUGUGUAUUGUUCUGAAUAAAAAAGACAAUAAUUUGAAAUUGUUUCAAAUUUAGAGACAAAAGAAAUGCUUAUUUGCCACG